AUGAGACUGGACUGCGGCUCAGGCGAGAGCAGGUUUGUGUGCGGCCAAACUGAAUGUCAUGCUGAGUGGUCUUUUGAGGAGGUUUGUAAAAUGGCUCUUCUAACCCCGGAAGAAAUCGAGUACUUUGAAAAGAAAAUGUUCAGCAACUCUAAGGAUGUCUUUGACGUUAAAUCAUGUCCUGGCUGCAAGUCUUCAGUGCUGAGAACUGACUUCAGUAAUCUGUGUACUGAAUGUACAGUGUGCACAGCUGAUCUAAAUCGGACCUUUACGUUCUGCUGGCAGUGUUUGAGGGAAUGGAAAGGUCCGUCCCCACGUUCAAACCGAUGUGAAAAUCAUGGCUGCAUCAAUAAGUCCUUAGAAACUCUGAGAAAAUGUCCAGAUAUCACCUUCCAGAAUGUGGAGGGCAUCACUGGCUGUCCCUCAAUCCGUGCCUGUCCCACAUGUGGCUUCCUAGUGGAACAUGACACAACUGGGUGUAAAAACAUCUUCUGUACACGUUGUAAGGUGCAGUUCUGCUUUGUUUGCCUCAAAAUGAAAGAGGAAUGUUUUGAGACGAGUGAAUAUUACAAACCUUGUUCCAGUGGCGUGGCCCCUAGACAGACUUCUAUACCCGUGUGUCAGUGGGAUGAUUGCUAGAUUGUUACAGAAAUGUUGUUAUUAUGUUAUUCACAUAGAAAAACUAUCAGCUCAGUAAGCUGGUAAAGCCUGAUUUGAAAUUUACCACUAAGCUACAGUUACCACAAUCUCAUGCAGUGACUUUCUGUGUCUCAAAUACAGCAAUAAGUCAGAUUAAGACCAGUUAUCAUCAAAUUAAUAUAUUAGCAUUCUAAAAUUAAGUGUUUUACUUCUAUUAGUUGAAAAAAUUUCUUCAUUUUCUAAUACAGAAUUCACUUUCUAAUAUUUAAUGGAAAAAAUUUCUACACCAGAAAUCUGAAGAAUGUAGCUGUGCACCAGACUUUUAUAGACUUUUAAAAUAACUUUUUGGAUAAUUUCUCACUUUUUAAAUUUUCCUUGUACCCUAGGAAUCCCC